UAAAAAAAAAUUUGCAAACAAUGGGAUGGGGUCUAAAGGAGACCCAUUUUCUGAGUCCUCCCCAAAUUCCGAAUUUCAGACUUUGAUCGCGAUAAUACCUUGUUUCUCCAUUAAAGGUCUCUCAAUCAGCUAUCUCGCCUUCUGCCUUGUUCACUUCGCCCAUUUCCUCUCCACUCAUUCGUGUCCUCUAAAUCUUAUAUCCCAAUCAGACCCGAGGCUACCACCACUAUUCCAACACCUUCCUUUGCCUUUAACCCACCCUUACUCCCACUCCUCUACUUUGCCCCUGUCUUCAAUAGCCCAACUUUAGGGUAUGUUGUUAUUUUUUUUUUGGUGCUAUCCCUUUGAAAUCAUUCAGUCCAAGGUUUCUAUUGUCACCGCUGUGGGUUAUCUUUACAAUGUUUUAUGGUAAACUAAGUUUAAGGGAACACUAGAGAUAAAAUCAUAGUGUAUGUGGAGUGGAUCUGAAUUUUCUUCUUAAGACGAUGGAUUCUAGCAUUGGCACCAGUGAUAUGAUUUUAGCAUCACACCGGGAAUUGGAAUUUGAAUCACAUGAAGCUGCUUAUUCAUACUACAAAGAUUACGCCAAGUCUGUGGGCUUUGGUACUGCUAAAUUGAGCAGUCGACGGUCCAGGGUGUCCAAGGAAUUUAUAGAUGCUAAAUUUACAUGCAUAAGAUAUGGAAAUAAGCAACAGUCUGAUGAUGCCAUUAAUCCUCGGCCUUCUCCAAAAAUUGGUUGUAAAGCAAGCAUGCAUGUGAAGAGAAGGCAGGAUGGAAAGUGGUAUGUUUAUAGUUUCAUAAAGGAGCAUAAUCACGAACUUUUGCCUGCCCAAGCACAUUUUUUCCGAAGCCACAGAAAUGUUGAUCCACUUAAGACUGAUGUUGGAAGGAAGCGGAAGAGUCUGGCUUCAGUUUCUAAACUAUUUAGUGCGUAUCAAAAUAUUGACUUUCUGGAAGGUUAUAUGAGAAACCAGCAUGAUAAAGGACGGAGUUUGGUUUUAGAAGAGGGAGAUGCUCAAGUACUUCUUGAACUUUUAAUGCAUAUGCAGGAAGAAAACCCAAAGUUUUUCUAUGCAGUUGAUUUGAAUGAAGAGCAUCGAUUGAGAAAUGUAUUCUGGGUUGAUGCCAAAGGCAUGGAAGAUUUCAGUAACUUUGGUGAUGUUGUGUCUUUUGACACUACAUAUUUCACGAACAAGUAUAAAAUACCUUUGGUACUCUUUAUUGGAGUCAACCAUCAUAUUCAACCCACAUUACUUGGUUGUGCUUUGAUUGCAGAUGAAACAGUUUAUACUUUUCUUUGGCUGAUGCAAACAUGGUUUAUAGCAAUGGGGGAACGGGCUCCGCAAGUGAUGCUCACUGAUCAGAACAAUGCCAUAAAAGCAGCUGUGGCUGCUGUGUUUCCUACUACACGCCAUUGUUUCUGUUUAUGGCAUGUGUUGGAAAAACUUCCCAGGCAUCUUGAAUAUCUAAGCUUGUGGCAUGAUAGUCUAAUGCUAAAACUUGAUAAAUGUAUUUAUCGGUCUUGGACUGAGGAUCAAUUUGAAAAAAGGUGGUGGAAGAUGGUUGACAAGUUUCAUCUUAGAGAGAUGCAGUGGGUUCUGUCUUUGUACGAAGAUCGCAAACGGUGGGUUCCUGUCUUUAUGAGGGAUAUAUCUUUUGCUGGAUUAUCUACCGCUUUACGCUCUGACAGUUUGAGUUCUUCAUUUGACAAAUAUGUGCAUGGAGAAACAUCGUUGAGGGAAUUUAUAGAGCAUUAUAGAGUAAUCCUUGAGGACAGGUAUGAAGAGGAAGCCAAAGCUGAUUUUAAUGCAUGGCAUGAAACUCCUGAGCUGAAGUCUCCAUCACCUUUUGAAAAACAAAUAUCACUUGUAUAUACACAUGAAGUUUUCAAGAAAUUCCAAGUUGAAGUUUUGGGAGCUGCUGCUUGUCAUCUUAAGAAGGAAAAUGAAGACCAGGUGCCUGCAACAUAUAGUGUUAAGGACUUUGAAGAUAAUCAAAAUUAUAUGGUUGAAUGGAAUGAAGCUAAAUCAGACAUAUAUUGCUCAUGCCGCUCUUUUGAAUACAAGGGCUACCUUUGUAGACAUGCUAUUGUUGUGCUUCAAAUGUCUGGUGUGUUCAACAUCCCAUCAAAAUAUAUUUUGCAGCGGUGGACUAACGCUGCCUUGAGUAGACUGCCAAUCAGUCAGAAAUUGGAUGAGGUCCAAUCUAAGGUCCGUCGUUACAAUGAUUUGUGUAGACGUGCCAUAAUAUUAAGCGAAGAAGGUUCACUUUCUCAAGAGAGCUAUAAUCUUGCUCUAUCUGCCAUAAAAGAAGCUCUGAAGCAGUGUGCAAGUGUCAACAAUUCGGUUGAGAAUGAGUACAGACCUAAUACCUCAAUGAUUCGUGCUGAUUCUGGUGUUGAAAGAGUCAGCCAAUGUGUAAAUAAUCAAGAAAAAGCCGCAGACCCUAGAAUGACAAAUACGACCAAGACUUGUCAAAGUGUUGAGACUGCAUUGGAGAGGCAAAUUAAUGAGAAUAAUGCAACUAGAAAAGGAAAGCAGGUAUCUCUUGCGGGAGCUGUCAAUGUUGGAUCACAAGAUGGCUUUCACCAAAUGGAGAUGUCAGACAUGAGGCCUACGCAUUUGCAUAAUGUGAUGCCACCAACACAAUUGCAUAAUAUGGUGCCAACUAUGUUUACAAAUGUUGCAUCAACACAUUUUCAAAACGUGGCUGCUACACAUUUGCACGACAACCGACUCCAUCGGUAACUUUUGCUUUUUACCUUCAAUUUGUAAAGAUCAUGUAAAGCUACUUUAGGGUGUCAGGAAGAGCAGUUUGUGAUUUUGGCAAUUGCCUUGACUUCACCGUUACAGCUGACGAAAUUCUAAUGUUUGCCUCUGCUUUUACACA